CGUAGCGCAGGACGCUUUAUUUAUUUAUUUAUUUUUCUGAAUACGGGUGGGUAAAUAACGCUUGCUAGGUGGCUUUUGCUUGGGCGAGACUAGGGGGAGAUUUUUUGCGUGCUUCUUUCUGUGUAGGUGUAAAAGCUCGGCUGAUGGACAGUGAGGUUCAGAGGGACGGCAGAGUGCUGGAUCUGACUGAUGAUGCCUGGAGGGAAGACCGGCUGCCCUACGAGGAUGUAACGAUUCCUCUGAGUGAACUUCCAGAAGCAGAGCAGGAUAAUGGAGGAUCCACAGAGUCUGUCAAAGAGCAAGAAAUGAAGUGGUCUGACUUGGCUCUACAAAGUUUGCAUGAAAAUACUCCAAGUACUGGGACAUAACUGAUUAGGUGUAAUUUUCUAUUAUCAGGUUGAAUGCAAGUUGUUGAGUUUUACUGUGUGCUACUGUUCAUUCAUUCACUGGUCUAAUAAAACUUAGAUCUGUAAAUGCCAA